CGAAACAAAACAUCAAAGUCGCCGAAUUCGCAGAAAACAUGGUCCAGAAAAGCUCUAGCUGGGAUAUCAUGCAAAACAAACAAAAUUUGAAACAGAGAUUCGAAGAACUUCGAGGAAUCCAAGCUGCACAACACCAUCAGACCUCGUUCAUCAAGUUUUACCCUACUCCUGUUGUGAACUUUAAUCUGGGCGACAUCGCCACCAAAGACAUGGCAGACGCAAGUCAGUCCACUCUAGAGGAACUCAAUCAAACUCUACAGGCUGGUGUAGAAGCAAAGUUCAUUUUGUUCCCCAAAACACCUGAUGGAGAAAUAAGUUACCAGCUUGAUCUUAAGCAGAAAACUGAAGUCACGAUAGAACCAACUAGAGAUGUCAUACAAAUCACUGUCUGCGAGACAAAAAACGGUACAUUGGAAGUGAGCUUUAUACCCCAAAUUCCUGGCUCGUACAACAUUGAGGCAAAGAUUAAUGGAGAUACACUUGCUAACUGUCCUUUCACUGUUGAGGUGAAAGAGCGUGAACUUACUGUGGGCAGCGAAUUGGAUCUGAAGUUAUUAGAAGGAGACCGGAUCGGAAUUCUGUGGGGAAUCGCGGUCAACACGACACGGAAGAUUGUCGUCACUGACUUUGAUAAAGACUGUGUUUACAUAUUUGACAAAGAAGGUAAAUGCCUGAGAAAACUUGGAAGUAAAGGAAACAAUGCGGUGAUAUUCAACGGCCCAAUCGGUGUGACAUCUUUCAGUGAUGACGAGAUACUGAUUGCAGAUACAGCUAACUGCAGAAUGCAGCAGGUUAAUAUCCAGACAGGAACUAUAGUGAAAGCUUUUGGAAAAUUUGGUGUAGGAAAAGGAGAGUUUUCUGCCCCGUGGGACGUUUUCUUGGAUGAGGAGAGCCGCAUUGUUCUAACCGAAUUUGGCGCUAACAGGAUACAGGUGAUGUCACAUGAGUGGGAGACUAUUUCCAUCUUUGGAAAUAGCGGCCCAGAAAAACUAAACCGCCCGAUGAGCUGCGUUUCUUGCCAAAAGAUGUUUUUCGUCUGGGACACUGACAACCAUUGUAUUAAGAUUUUCCAUCAGACAGGAACCUUCCUACACAAGUUUGGCAAAAAAGGGAAUCAAGAUGGACAAUUAAACAAGCCGUAUGCUUUGCUUAUAGACAGCUCCAAUAAUCUUCUUGUAUGCGAUACGAUCAAUAAUCGAGUUCAGCAGUUUUCCUUAGACGGUCGCUUCACAGGCAAAAGUAUCACUCAUAUCCAAAGCCCUCGAGGAAUAGCAGCAACACCCGAUGGACGUAUUCUCGUGACUACCCCUAAAAAAGUCUUUGUAUUAAAGUAGCUUCUUUAACGGACAUUUUUUUUUUCUUCGUGGUUCAUAUUCUUAUUCUAAUAACCGGCCAGACUGAUUAUUUCCCUAUGCACAAUAAUUAUAAAAUUAAACGAGACUUACCUGUAAGUUGAAGUUUGAUUGUAAUUCUAUGAGUCAUCAGUCAGGAACGAAGGAGUCACACAAAACGCCUGAUAUGCAAGGAAAAUCCAAGCCACUAUUACCUUCCACGUUUCCUGAUCAGCAAGCAUACAAGCACUGAUCGGCAGCACGCAUGCGCAUCUCAUGUGACUCCGUAGUGACUCAGACUGAUGACGUAAUAGAAUCUGAGUUUGAGCAGCUCAUUCAUCUUGAAUGAAUAUAUAUAAUCACACUAGCUAAGUGUGAUUAUACAUAUUCAUUCAUUUAAGUGUGAUUAUAUAUAUUCAUUUAUAAUAUAUAUUUUAUAUAUAUUAUAAAUAUUUGCACCUGGUAACUUAGACAAACAUAAUUCAGCUUUGCCGUCUGCAUGUUUAAAACCAAACAUCUAAGGAGCAUUAUACAUUUUCAUACAGAGUAAGGUGGACGCUCUUACUAAGAUUUUUUCUUCAAAGAAUUCAUACUAGUCCUAGAGAGGGUAGAAGA